AUGUGGGCCAACAACAGUGCUGCUCCUUUCUUGCUGACUGGCUUUCUGGGCUCAGAAGAAAUUCACCGCUGGAUUUCCAUCCCUUUCUUUGCCAUCUACUUCUUCAUUCUUUCAGGCAAUGGCACCCUUCUCUUCCUCAUUUGGAAUGACCACAGCCUCCACGAGCCCAUGUACUACUUCCUGGCUGUGCUGGCAGGUACAGAUCUUGGGAUGACACUAACCACAGUGCCCACGGUCAUGGGUGUCCUGUUACUUGAUCAAAGAGGAAUUGCCCAGGGUGAUUGUUUCACUCAGGCCUAUUUCAUUCACUCCCUUUCCAUUGUGGAAUCAGGUGUCUUGCUUGCCAUGGCCUAUGACCGUUUCAUUGCCAUCUGUGCCCCUCUGAGGUACAACUCCAUUCUUACCAAUUCCAGGGUGAUGAAGAUAGGACUGGGCGUUCUGUUGAGGGGCUUUGUUUCCACUGUGCCCCCAAUUCUGCCACUCUACUGGUUCCCCUAUUGUCAUUCUCACGUUCUUUCCCAUGCCUUUUGCCUCCACCAGGAUGUCAUGAAACUUGCCUGUGCAGAUAUUACUUUUAAUCGCUUAUACCCGGUUGUUCUGGUUGCUUUCACUUUCUUUCUGGACGCUUUUAUCAUUUUCUUUUCUUAUGUGCUAAUUCUUAAGACAGUGAUGGGCAUCGCCUCUGGAGAGGAGCGAGCUAAGGCCCUCAACACUUGUGUCUCGCAUAUCAGCUGUGUCCUGGUGUUCUACCUCACUGUGAUUAGCCUGACCUUCAUCCACAGGUUUGGGAAACACGCCCCCCAUGUGGUCCAUAUUACCAUGAGCUACGUCUACUUUCUCUUUCCUCCAUUCAUGAACCCCAUUAUAUAUAGCAUCAAGACUAAGCAGGUUCAAAGAAGUAUCGUUCAUCUUUUCUCUGUGUACAACAGGGCUUGA